AUGAGUGCAGUGAGUCGUCCCAUGAGUCAUAUGAGGAAACUAGAGACGAAAGAAGCUCUAUUCCGGACUAGAAAGCGCAUCUUAAAGUACCUAGUACUGGGGUUCUUGAAGCAGGAGGGGUUCGUACAUACAGCUGACACCUUCAUAUCAGAGGCCGCCCUCACCGAUGAGUACACACUCUGCGAUAACAUCGACUUGGAUAUUAUUCUGCAGGACUAUUGCAGUUACUACCUAAUCAGAUUCAACAAACAACCCCAAUUCUGUCGUAAAGUGGACGAGCAGCCGAUCAAGCGGCCGCAGACGAGGAGGAGCCGGUCGGAGCACGUGGUAGAGAAGGUGGAUUCGGGGCCUGAUCUCCCAGCGACUUUCACAGUCACCAAGUUGCUGAAGGAAAAUCUUUUAGGUAACACAGAAGCGCCAAUUUCAGCACUAGAAAGAAAACCUAUAGCUGGUUACCUAUCAACCAUAUCACCAGAGAAAAAGGCUAUCGUAGAAAUACUGUAUCAAGACAUCAUCAGACCCUCAGGAUCAUCUUGGGAUGAUAUCAAGGGCUUGACAACGGCUAAGAAUAUUUUGUUGGAGUCUGUUGUUUAUCCAGUGAGGUAUCCAGAAGUAUUUACUGGUCUUCUUGAACCUUGGCGAGGAGUUCUAUUACACGGCCCGCCAGGUACCGGCAAAACGAUGCUGGCCCGCGCCGUCGCUAGCGAGAGCGGCUGCACCUUCUUUAACAUAACCUGCAGCACUGUGGUCAACAAAUGGCGUGGGGAAUCUGAGAAGAUUGUUAAAGUGUUAUUCGACAUGGCGUCCUACUACGCCCCGUCUAUCAUCUUCAUAGACGAGGCGGAGACCCUUGCGGGGGCGCGCGCUACUGGUGAACACGAAGCCUCCCGCCGCCUCAAGUCGCAACUCCUCACUGAGAUCGAUGGGAUUGUCCAACGAGAUGGGAUUGUGUUCCUGCUUGUGAAUUCUAACAUGCCAUGGGAAAUAGACUCUGCCAUGUUGAGAAGACUGGAAAAGCGUAUCUUUAUACCGUUACCAGACUUCAAAACAAGAGCUGAGUUGUUCGAAACGUUCCUGAAAAGCAAGAACAUAGAACUUGACCCCAAUGUAGAUUUCAAGGAGCUGUCUUGCAAGACAGAGGGUUACUCUGGAAGCGACAUUAAACUCGUCUGCAAGGAGGCUCUGAUGGCGAAUGUUAGGAAAAUGCUGCCGAAUAUGGGAGGCAAGAGUCAAUCAAACUGUAAAGACAAGCUGUCUCUCUCAGAUAUACUCACAGCGAUAGAGAGAACAAAACCUAUAUCUAAAAAUCUUACAAGAAGGCAUGAAGAAUGGCAGAAGGAAAUGGGAUCGACUUAGAUUUUUUUGUUUGUUUUUUAAUUACAAUAAAUAUUUACAAAUAUACACAAA